UUGCAAACCCACUCUAGUGAUUCUUGUUCAUGUCGCCCACGGGUUUCCUCGGUGUUUUCACCACUUUCGCCGCACUUCUCGUAGGGCGGACCUCCGCCUUUGCUUCUUCCUCUCCUCGUGCAGACAACGAAGACUACUCAAGAGCAUACAAGGCAUGCCAAUUAUUACAAGCGACCGUUCCGAAGCUUGUUUCGUUUCCUGGCUCCGAGCAAUAUGUCAAUGAUACUGAGCAUUGGGCCGUCUCAAGUCAGCAGAACUCGACUUGUUCAAUCGAGCCGACCAGCGCAGACGAUGUUGGCACGAUAAUCGGAGUAUUAGGGAGAUCAGACAUUCGAUCACCAUUUGCUGUGAAGUCCGGAGGACAUGCAUACAAUCUCGGCCAGAGCUCGACUCCUGGCGUCCAGAUCUCAAUGGCUCAAUUCAAGAACAUAACGUAUGACGCAGAGCAAGGCACAGUCAUGCUUGGCGUGGGUUUAACAUGGGGUGAGGUGUAUGAACGACUCGAGCCAUUGGGCGUAAUGGUUGCUGGAGGAAGAAUAAGUGGAGUGGGCGUUGGAGGCUACAGCCUCGGAGGCGGUUAUUCGUGGAAAACCAAUCAGUAUGGUCUCUUAAUAGAUACGGUCGUGUCUCAUGACCUUGUAUUACCAUCUGGUGAAUUCAUUCAUGUUACAAAUGCAACUAAUCCCGAUCUAUUUUUCGGACUGAGGGGUGGAUUGAACAAUUUCGGGAUUGUUACGAGCAUAACGGUCGAGGCACAUAACCAAUCACUCGUAUAUGGUGGGACUUUGACAUACUCGAUGGACGCUAUCCAAAGUCUGAACGAAGCAAUCAGUAAUUUUUCACUUAAUAACACGGACCCCAAAGCACAGAUAAUCCCUGUUUACGCCUCAGUAUCAAAUCAGUUUAUAUCUCAGAUUCUCUUGUUUUACGAUGGUCCAACUCCUGCUCCCGGUGUUUAUGAUGAAAUACUAUCUAUUCCUACUGUGCAAUCAGAUAUACAAACUCGAACGUUUGUAAAUUUAAUGUCAUUGUUCGGCAAUGAUCUAGGGAUCGGACCAUUUGGUGUCGCACAACACACUGUUCCAAUCGUACAUUAUCCGAAACCUGUCCUCGAUGAGAUGGUUACGCAGGUGGUCUCCUUUGGAGAGCAACUAUCGGCUCAGCACAAUGGCUCAACAGUUAUUGUGAGCAUCGCACCAGAACCAUUUUUCAACCCGUUCUCGCAUUCGCGCGGAGGUGCAUAUCCACAUCCUCCCAGUCGCCAGGUGACUCCUGCUUCAGCGUACUUUGCAUACCAGGAAGAUCCGAGUGCCCCAUUACCUGUUCGAAUCGCCCAUCAUAAUGAUUUUGUGGAUGCGAUAAAGAGUUUCACCCAUAACAUUCAAGCGAAAGCCGUGAGUGAAGGAGUUAGCCGUUGGGACGAUAUAUCAUAUCCCAAUUAUGCGUUGUCUGAUACGCCACUGGAUUUACUAUACGGUUCAAACGUCCCGCGUCUGCAACAGCUUGCAGCACAAUACGACCCAGACGGGGUAAUGGCAUUAACUGGUGGAUUCCGUUUUCAGGAAUGAUUGUUUGUAGUUCAC